AAUAUUUAAUGUAAUAAGUUGCUCACAUUAAACUAUAGCCUAUAAUUGGAAAACCCAAAAUAAGAUGUGACAACUAACAAUUAGAAGAAAUUCAACGGCCGCCCUUGGAUCUCUCCCGCGCUCUGCUCCACCUCUAAUACACAAACUUCUUUCCGUCAAACCAACCCAAUUUCUCAAAUCUGAAUCACUUCCAUCUCUUUUUUUUUUUUUUUUCAGUUUUUAAUUAUUCAUGUUCAUAUGCAUCCCCUCUAUCUUCUACUAUUCUUGGCAUUGCAUUUGCACGCCUAUCCUCGUUCUCUUCUUGCCUUUUCCAUUUCCUCUCCAAAACCCAUCACACAAACUGCUGCUGCUUCCUUUCAUCCAUUUUCAUUCUUCUACAACCUUAUUCUAAUUGCUUUGCCAUAAUUCCAAAUUGCCAAUGGGCGCGCACGCACCUAGGCUUGCGCGCAAAACCACUCCAAUAUUGUUACUCGCGUUAUCAUUAGCAGUUGUGGCAUUUGGUGCGACAGAUUCUGCUGCCCUCUUCAAGUUUAAGGAAGCGCUUCAAAAUAACUCGGCUCUCGACAAUUGGAAUUCCUCUGUUAAUCCCUGUGAUUGGAAUCGCCCCAAUUGGGUUGGCAUCCUUUGUUUGAACGGAACCAUUUGGGGUUUAAAACUCGAAGGCAUGGGAUUAACGGGCAUCAUUGAUAUCGAUUCUCUUGUUCCCUUGUCUCACUUUCGGACUUUAAGCCUUAUGAACAAUCAAUUUGUUGGCCCUUUCCCUCAUAUCAACAAACUUGGCAAAUUGAAAGCCUUGUACUUAUCCAAUAACAGGUUCUCAGGACAGAUUCCAGACGAUGCCUUUCAAGGCAUGGGUUCCUUGAAGAGAGUGUUCCUCGCAAAUAAUGAGUUUUCCGGUAACAUUCCUCUCUCGCUUUCUACCUUGCCAAGGCUUAUGGAGUUGAGACUUGAAGGGAAUCAAUUCCAAGGCCGAAUUCCUGAUUUUCGACAAAAGAAUUUGAAGACUGUAAAUCUAGCCAGCAAUUUUUUGGUGGGUCCUAUCCCCGAAGCCCUCAGCAAGAUGAAUCCCGACUCCUUUUCAGGCAAUAAAGACUUGUGUGGGCCGCCUCUUUAUUCAUGCAAUUCACCCUUAAGAGCCCUCAAUAAAAAAGGUAACACCCUGAAAAUCAUAAUCGGUGUAAUCCUCCUACUGAUAAUACUAGCGGCCAUCGCAGUGGCUUUGGCUAUGUUCCACCGAAAAAGGCACCGCCCAGAAUUGGAGAGGAACCCAUCAUUGUCUAUGAACUCCAACAAAAUUGCACCUUCCUACGUAGCAGACCAACAACAAUGUCAAGUGCCGGCAGAGAGUAGCGCGCAAUCGAGGAGGUCUGAUAAGCUGUCGUUCGUGAGGGAUGAUAUUGAAAAGUUUGACUUGAACGAGUUGCUGAGAGCUUCAGCAGAAGUCUUGGGGAGCGGGACAUUUGGGUCUUCAUACAAGGCUGCCGUAGGGAGUGGCCAAGCCUUGGUGGUGAAGAGGUACAGGCAUAUGAACAAUGUAGGCAGAGAAGAGUUUCAUGAGCACAUGAGAAGGCUGGGGAGGUUAAAGCAUCCAAACUUGCUGCGUCUCACAGCCUACUAUUACCGGAGGGAAGAGAAGCUUUUGGUUUAUGAGUUCGUUGAGAAUGGUAGCUUGGCUAGUCACAUUCACGGCAACCGUUCCCUUGAAGGGCAAGGGCUUGAUUGGCAAACCCGGUUGAGAAUUAUCAAAGGAGUGGCCAAAGGAUUGGCAUAUCUAUACAGUGAGCUUCCCAUAUUAGUUCCCCAUGGUCACCUGAAAUCAUCGAAUGUGCUUCUAGAUCCGUCCAUGGAACCUCUGUUGACAGAUUAUACUCUAAGGCCAGUGAUCAACCCCCAACAGGCCCACAAUCUCAUGAUUGCUUACAAAUCACCCGAGUACGCACAAAAUGGCCGCACAUCUAAAAAGACGGACAUUUGGAGCUUCGGAAUACUGAUAUUGGAGAUAUUGACCGGAAAGUUUCCGGAGAACUAUCUAACGCAGGGAUACGAUAGUAGCGCAGAUAUAGCAAGUUGGGUUAAUAAAAUGGUUAAGGAAAAGCGAACAAGCGAAGUGUUCGACAAAGAUAUGAAGGGAGCAAAAGAUAGCAAAGGCGAGAUGAUUAAUCUUUUGAAAAUUGGAUUGAGUUGUUGCGAAGAAGAUGUGGAGAGCAGAUUGGACAUCAAGGAAGUGGUCGAGAAGAUUGAGCAAUUGAGAGAAGGAGACAGCGAUGAAGAUUACACUGGCAAUGAAGGUAUUAAUUUUAGUGUUAGAGGGAACGAGGAUCGUUUUUCCUACACCGUGGAUCGAUGACUGGCAAAGAAAACAAGGAGAAAGUUUCAAAAUAAUAAUAAAAAAUUCUUUAAAAAAAAAUCUAUAUUAUAAAAAAAGUAUGUCACAGGGAUGACAGGUUUUACUUUCACAGGCUUCCCUCUAGCUCUAAGCUAUAGCAAGAUAUAUAUGGGAAAAUAAUUCUGAGGGGGUUAGCCUGAAGCUGAUCCUGGCAGAGUAUAGUGCGUUUUUUCAAUUUUGAUGUUGGAGAAGGCAAAUGAUACAGAAACCCACUAAUGUUCAUCAUAUAGCUAUUAGCUUAGCGUUAUCUGUCUCGCAUGCACAGAUUUUCCUUUCAUACUUGUGGAUUGGCGUUCCCUUCUUGUUAGAAUUCAAUCAAUUCCUUUCUGGUUGCUCUGCC